AGGAGACGACGACGCUCGAACCAUUGCUAACGACGACAGCGUCAGGGAACUCCGACAACGACGGCGCAGGGUACGCAUAAACAGCUUAGCUGUAAAAGAACAAGCGGGAGCAAAGGACAGACGGGACCCAAGAGGAAGGCGUCAUCGCCGAUUGGUGUCGUCCACCCCGUCCUGUGGCAGCGUGCGCAAGCGUCCGAGUGGCGAUCGCCGAGCUCGUGCUUGUCCAACGCAAUUCGUCGAAGGCGACAGCUGCGUUGCACUGGCCGGACAUCGUAUAAUCGUGAGGCACGCGAAAAAGACGAUCGCCCCGCAGCACGAGACCACGCGCACUUGGUAGAGGGCAGAAAUUGCGCUGGUUUGGACCAGAAGCCGGGAGCACAAGGACGAAGAAGAAGAAGAAAAGAAGAAGUGUUCGGUGGCACCUGCCCAGUCCUCGGAAGCGCAAGCACAGACCUUUCGACAGUCAUGCUCUUCGCCCUCGCAGUUGUCGCCGCAGCAUUCCUAUUCAUGCUCAAGAAGGUCUCCUGGACUGUGGUGAAGAGCACCAGGCUGCUUCUUGGGCAUUGCUUUCACUGCCUCAUCGAAUGCACUGCCAUGGACCUCAUAAGUCAGGGCUCUGAACACCUGUCUGCGAACAUAGACGAAGCGUUCGCAAGCCUGCUCGCAGCCUGCGGUCAGCAGUCAUUCGCGACGUUUGACCAGCUCUUCAACCACAUUGUAUUAAAGGAGGAAGACAAGUUCGAGAAGAUUGCCGAGGGCAAGAACUCGGAGGUCUUCCGCAUCCAGACUUAUACGGGCGACAGCGUACUCAAGGUGGUGAAGCUCGGCUACACGCAAGAGUCGCAGCAUCGCCUCUUGACCGAAAUGAAGAUAGCCUCGAGGCUCACAGCGCUAAGAGACAGGCUGGACUUCUUCACGAAGGGCUUCGUCGAAGUCAAGAGCGUCACUUGCGUGUUCGACAAAUGCCCCGCAGAACUCCUCGAGGCCCGAGAACGAGCAACCCGAACGCUACAUGAUGAGCGCCGAGACGGAAAUGAGUCGGCUCGAACACCACGAGCGUACCUGGUCUGGCAUAUGUCCUACGGCGGCGUUCCUCUCGACAAGAUCGAGUUGAAGAGGCCGCUAAACCUCUGGAGCGUCCUGCACCAGGUGGCGAUGUCCCUGGCCGUGGCCGAAGAGGCACUGCAAUUCGAACACCGGGCACUCUUGCUGCGUCGUGUGCUCGUCAAGUACACGCACGAGUACGCCUCCCGCUACACCAUCCACGGCCGCGACUAUGUCAUCGAGACGUGGUUUCUGGAGGCCUGCAUCUUGGGCGGAGCCUCGGCUCGUCUCAGCGAUGGCGACACACCGGUCUUCACGGUGAUCAAGCACGAUUCACACGAGCCGAUGGAGCGUCACCUUCUCAACGUCGACAUUAAUAUGAAGAUAGUAAUCAGGAACGACUGGCGCGCAUUCCACCCUCUCACCAACCGCCUAUGGCUGCGCUACGUGACCAAAGAACUGCGUUGGCUAUACAAGCACAGAUUUGGCACCGACAUGAACGAAUUCGAGACACCCUUCUGGUGGGAUAUUGGCCGCUGGAAGACGAAGCUAUUCCAGUACUCUUCGCUAGCCGAGUUCGUCGAAAACCUCCCCCACGUCCGAGCGCAAAGACGCCAAGGGGGCUUGACGACGACGACGGGUUGACUGCGGGAGGAGAAACACGUUUGCUCGAAAUUCUUUCGGCAAUAUUGGUACAGCCUGUCUUGUUCCCUUGGUAUAACACUUUUGCAAUGCGCUUGGUGUACCUUUGAUGUCUGCGAAAGUCCACUCACCAGCAGAGCGCCAACUACUCUGCUUGUGUCUGGACUUCUUACAAACAAUUGUCAUUUGUUUGUCAAAAAGGGUACACUCACUCAGCUUUGCAGCCCGGUUAAGACUUAUAUGCACACUUAACCGUCUUUCGAACGAAACUGAUGCCCAAUACCAAGCUGAGUGGUAUUCAACUUCAGCCUGCCGUGCUUUCCUUUUUAAACAGUUUUGUUGCGAUACCGGUAUACUUCUUAUGUUUGUCAAAAAGCCACUCGUGUUUAGAAUGGGAGAACGCGGCCUGGACCACCUUUCGACGAAGUUGACGCUAUAUCAUAAGGUGAGUCACUACUGCCCCAGCCUGUCCUGCACCUUUCGUUAUGGAUUUGUAACGUUCGUCGAACCCUUGACGUUUAUCGAACGUCCACUCGCCACGACUGUGCGAGAGUGUAUGGGACCUUUUCAGGGCGAUCUGCGGACGCCACCAGACUUGGUCACGUCGUGAGGCGUCCAUGGCUUGUCUCAGCUGUCUCCGUUGCCUCCGCCUUUUCAGUGGUUGUGCAUGACGCCCCGGUGCGGAUAAGCAAACCGUUACUUGACCGUGUGUCGUAGGCGGUGACUGGGUGGAUGACGCGCGAAGCUUUGGCCACAGAUUCUGAGGACACGCAAGCGCUUUUGCAAAUUAUUGUGCCUUGUCCGAACGGCGCGAGCAGCGUGUACAUGCGGUGCUUGCACUUUAAAUGAAAUUCCGGGAUUUUACGCGCCAAAACCGCCAGUUCAUUACGAGGCAUGCCGCAGUGAAGGAUUGACCACCUUGUGGUUCCUUAGCAUGCACCCAAUGCACGGCACACGGGCGUUUUUGCAUUUUUCCCCAAUGUAGAAAGGCCGGGAUUCGAUCCCGCGCCUUCGGGCUAAUGUAGCGCAGCGCCAUAGCCACUAUACGUCACCACGGCAGGUUGAACUUGCACUGGAAGCGGGGCUGGAAAUGCUGUCCGUGCUGCGCAAACUUUCCGCUCGUGAAUUAAAUUAAUGUCUGUGUAUUUUGCUCUUCAUUCUUUAUUUGGUUAACACUUUGAAACAGCGGCGUGUCAUAUUUCCGGUUCGGUGAAAUUCCUGGGUGCAGUCACUAUCUGACUUGCGACCGAUGUUGUUCUUGCUGCGCAGAAUGCUUGGAACGCAUAUGUUCUUCACUCUCUAAUAGCAUGUAGCACAGACAUAUUAUGGCUGCUCACUGGCUUACUCUGUGGACCGUUAAGAAAGCGCUCAGUAACAGACAAUCGUGUGUUGUCGAUGUAGUCACCGUCAGCCAUGCUUUGUGGGGUUCUCACCCGUGCUCUUGGAACAUUUUUGAUACUGUGCGAAAAAUUUACUAUGGCCGGAAGCGGCAUUACUCCCUUUGUCACACUGUAACGAGCGAUGUACUCACUGUUGCCGACCUUAUUGGGUUGAAGUGCUUUCUUUGGAGGUUAGCGGGACAACGCUGACGGAUGUGUGAUGUGAUAACUUUAUUUGGAAUCCGGCGAUUGGGAGGCCCGGGCCUGGGGCCGCCUAGAUGGGCACUGGGAGCUGCUGCUCCCGUGCGGCUUCCUUGGCUCGCUGGACGGCCGAAAGUUGGUCUUGAUGUUCUGAGCUGAGCAGCACGGCCGACCACCGCGCCCGUAGAUUUUCUGAGGACACUGCCAUUUUAUUUUGGUAUAUUUCACAUCCCCACAACAUGUGUUGAAGAGUGGCUCUAACAGACUUGCAUAGCUUGCACACAUCGCUCUCGUAUAUAUCGGGGUAGAAAGUAUUUAGUUGCACGGGACUCGUAUAAGUUUCUGUUUGAAGUCACCUCCAAGUAACGGAUGGGUGAAUUAUAUUAUCCUCGAGGAAAGCCGUGCCUCGCGAAAGUCAGGCGACACAGUCGGUCAUUAUGCAGCAGUGGUCCGUGGAAUUGGUCACGCAGAUUCGUUCCAUUCCUUGAUAUGCCAGUCGCUGUUUUGCCUAUUGCCCACGUCUUCAUUAAGAGCAAAAGCGAACUGCUCCGCUACCAUCAAGGGUCUGUCUGUAGGCAGCGAGCAUGGGCUUCCAAGGGGCGCGGUUCCUCGUUCGGUCAUAGGAUGCGCAUCGAGGCUCCCAAUACUCGACACGACUUUCAUUCGAGUUAAUGUGCAAAUACGCUUCUUGUUCUUGUUUUUCUUUUUAUUUAUUUUCCUAUGCGUUGGAAUGCUUAUCAAGCGCACAAGGAGUAGCUCUGCUCUCAUGCGCCCUUGGAAUCGCAGAAUUGAAAUUGCAAGAAGGUAAGACGUUUUUCUUCUUUUUUGUUUUCUUUGGUUGUUUUUUUUUUCUUUCCUUCUUUGUACUGUUCUGGGUAUGUUCAAAAAAGUGAGGUACUGCAUAAAUGAACUUAGCACGCCGAGAAACGGGUGGCCGCAUAUUUCAGAUAUCUCCUGUACUGGCGCGUUUGGGUGCGUUUUAAGAACUAUGCAUUCAUAUAGCACACCUGAC